GGCUGGGGCCCGCUGCGCCAGCGCGCGGAGCAGUGCAUUUCGGGACAUGUAGUUUUCCUGCCGCGCUGCGGGAUCCCUGCUUGGCCUCCCCACGGGGCACACAGCUUCUGCGGCUCGGAGCAUGGACCGAGGCCCCGCCGAGAGGGGAGCCACUCGCCAGAGCGUGUAGAGUCCUCGUCCAGAGCUCCAGCCUCCCGAGUCUCGGGACCGGCGCGGCCUGAGCCUGACCGUCCGGCUCCUGCUCCCCAUGUGCCCGUCCCCCGCCCUGCAGUGACCGGGAGCGGCGUCACCGUCGGUCCAGCAUGAACUGGAAGGUUCUGGAGCACGUGCCCCUGCUGCUGUACAUUUUGGCGGCCAAGACGCUGAUCCUCUGCCUGGCGUUUGCCGGGGCCAAGAUGUACCAAAGGAAGCGGCUGGAAGCCAAGCGGCAGCAGCUGCAGGCGGAGAAGAGGAAGCAGGCGGAGAAGAAGGACGACUGAGGGGAACCCACAGGCUCUGCGCGCGACCUGCCGGCCCCGGGACUCCGGCCCAGGGGGAGGAGAAGAGACGCCUGGCUGCCCAGCGACGUUAUCAGAAGACGAACCUCCGGCCUUCAGCUUUAACUCAAAAUGAUGUGAACUGUUGCGUGCUUUUAAAAGAACCAUGUUUUCUUGGGUAAAAUAAAACACCUUUGUAAUA